AUGCCGAAUUCUCAUAAUACUUCUACAUUAAACCUUGGAGCAUCUGGGCAGAAUUAAAAUAAUCUCAGAUUAACCAUGAAAACUGAGCAUUUAUUCCAAAUGCAGCAAAAAUAAGCAUCAUCUGUUGGUUAGCAAUCUAAUAAGAGCCCUAUAAGAGAAGUUUGGACGUAAAAAUUGUAAUAUGUCACUUUAAAAGGAGAUAAACUCAAGUUCUAUUCAAUAAAAAAUGGAUUAGUAGAGAUAAAUGAAGAUGAGCUAUCAUUUAUCCUGCUUGUACAAGAUAUCGGAGCAAAAUUUAGACAAAAGAAGCUGAAAUUCACAUGCUCAAUGCCCUAGACAUUUUUAGUUUGGAUUGAUUGCUUUAAAAAGAUUUAAAGACCACAAUGGGCUGAUAGUGUAGUGCAAGAAUGUUAUAUCUGUGACACACAAUUUGGAUUGAUGAAGCGAUAGCAUCAUUGCAGAAAAUGCGGAACUGCUGUGUGCAAAUAGUGCUCUAAGUAUUUCUGCUAAUUGCCCGAACUAGCAUAUUAUAAAAAAGUAAGAGUUUGCAGAGCUUGCAUGGAAGAUAAAAAACUUGAAGAGAGAAAGCUAUAAUGCAUUAGGAAUUUAUAAAAGAAAAGAAAUUUAGGGUUCUUUAAAUCUACAGCUGACGCCUAGAAUAGCAAAAAGUACCAAGGCAUUGAAAUGUAUGACGAGGAGAUGGGAGAUGAGUAGUAAUUCGUUUAAGAGAAUUAAAAAGAUUCAGCAAAGUCUAAGAUUAAUAGACCUGUAUUCUAUGCAAAAGAUUCAUAGAAUUUCAAUUCUUUCCCGAAUGUGAAUACAUCUAAUAAUGGAGUGGUUGAUGAAAGCAACAGUUAUCUGUAUAUUCCUUUUGAAUAAUGA